UCAGUUUUCCUUGUGAAUUAAACGUGAAAGCGACGCAAAAAGUCAAUGCAGCAAAAUUAAUAUAAAUUACACUGUUGAGUAUAAAAACUAAAAUUUAAGGAAUUGAAAUUAUCAACUUUAUAAUAUUUUGGAAUUUUUGGAGUCUAGUACAAGCAUUUGGGUCGUGGGUUUUAAUUUCGUAAGGCUGAAAACAAACAAGUGCAUUCCUGCCGAGAAUUUGAAGAAAAUGUGUCUACGUUUCAAUUCAUGCAAAAAAGAUGUUUUCUUCAAUGAAACAGUAGAAUCAAUGUCAUACAUCGUUGUAGACCUACAGGACUUUUGUAACCAGCGCAGUGUGAACGAGAUAUUACGCAUUACUGCAUUUAGUACGCAAGAAAUUAAAGUUGAAACUACGACUACAUAUAUACACAAACAAACAUAUUUACAUUAAAAUCGAAAACCCCACUGCACUGGUGAAGGUCCUGCAAGCGCAUCCCGUGCCGCAACAAAUUGUACGAAAGAAAGAUUACUGAAAAUUUCCAAGUCACUGCGAAGAGCAACAGCAGCCGAUGCAAGCAAAACAUAUACAAAACAACGCGGCCAUCAAACAAUAAGAAAAUUCAAGCAGAAAACGAAACAGAAUAAAAACAAACAACAAAACGCGACUCGCAACGCGCGUCGCCCACGGCACGCUCCGACGUAGUAUUUUGGAGCUUUUGCUCUCGUGCAGACGCAAUCGCGUCGCUUUGGCUUGCAAGCGUAAGUGCUCACCGUCACAACCGUCUCCUGCUCGCUUAAUUACUUGCGCUCAGCGCGGACACAAGCACGUCGCCAUUGCCUACACCAACAGCUGAAGGCUCAACUCAGUCGUUAUCAGCAUCGCAGUCGCAUCAGUUGGUCUUGUGGCUGGACACACCUGUUCGGCUGAGACAAUUGCUUUUUAGUUGUCUUCGCUUGCGUACGCUCACUGCAUAUUUACACAUCGAUAAAGUAAUUUCGUGUUUUUGCUGCUAACGAAAAAAGUCACUCAUACGACACGGUGUCUCAGUUACUUUGCCGGUAUUGAUACACAGUGUUGUUGUAUGUGAUAUGUAAAUAAAGUGUAGACAACAGUGUUUUUGUAAUUGUGGAGGAGCAUAAAAUACAAGAAAAACAUGCACUUUAAUUAGCGAACUGAAAGUGAAGGUAACUGAAAAUAAACAAUAGAAAGUACUCGCAAGUGCGCACUCUUGGGUGUCAGCAAAAAUAUGUGAAAACUGCAACAAAGUGCAAAGUAUGUCCCAUAUAUGCAUGCAAAUGUGAACAUAUCACAUAUAGCACUGUGGCAUAUAAAUACAUAAAUUAGACGCACAAAGCAAACUAAUCUAAUUAGUGGCACUUCUGUGUAUAAAAAAUGGAAAUAAACAGCACAAAAACAUUACAAUACAACCAGUAAAUCUUUAGCAACAAGAUAAGAUAACCUAUCAACCACCGCUUGUAAAUUAUUUAAGACAAUCUAACAAAUGAAACUCGUUUCUGUCCAAAACAUGCAAUAAAUGUGAAAAGCUCACACAAAAGCAAACAAAAUAGUAACCGUUUAUACAUACAUAGAAAACUUUUCAAAGACUUCACACACUCAGCAAAUACUUAUCAAAGCUGUGAAAUACGAAACGUAAGGAACGAAAGGAUCGUGAUAAUUUUUCACAAGACUUAAGAGAAAUAAAGCGGAAGUACUGAGAAACAAAAUGUCGAAUUUUAAUCCCUUUUCUAAUUACAAUAAUCCGAUUGCUCAAUGCCAUUGCCAAUUUCCUGUUCGCGCACACUCUCAAAUGCCUAGUUGCUCUACAUGGAUGAAACAAAUUGCAAUGGCAUCUACGCAACCAAAGUCAAUGGUACUAAAACUGCACUAACAACAACAAUAACAACAAUAACAACAACAGCAACAAACAACAACAAUAACUGCAACGAAAACAGUAACAACAUUCUGCAUGCAAGCAACAUUAUUAUGAACUCUACUAACAACACCAACGACAGCAUCAACGGCAACAGCAACAGCAACAGCACUAGUAACAUCAUAAAUAACGCAAACACAAAUAAUAUCAACAACAUCAACAUCAUGAACAUAGCGGCCUCAACUGUGGCAAUGACAGCAGCGGUUGCCCAUGCCAACGCCAACGUCAGCGUCAGCGCCUCCGGCAACGGCACCGGCACCGGCCUCACCUCAGCCACACUACCCACAUCCGUCUCCAAUGAGGACCUAAGUCAGAGUUUAUCAGAGUACACGGAUGCGGAUGAAAGCAUAUCAGCGCCGACCGAGUUUCUUGCUGAGUUUCUCUCAGCGGUGAUGCUUAAGGAUUACAAGAAGGCAUUGAAAUACUGCAAACUGAUUUUACAAUACGAGCCAAACAACGCCACAGCCAAAGAAUUCUACCCGCUUAUAAUCGAGAAGUUACGAGACGCAGCGGCCAGCGAUAGUGAUGAGAAUUACAAUAAAUCAUCUUCACCCGAGCCAGUUUUAGAACUGCAAUCCUCGGAUCCGUCAGCAGGUGAAAGUGAUGAAGCGGCUUUUGAGGACCAACCGAUCGGUAUUAUAGACGAUGGCGAUGAUUAUGGCCUGGCCGAUGACAAUUGUCACUCUUUGGAUGGCUCGCAUAGUCACGAACUGAAUGUGAGCAGUCGAAGUGGCAGUAGUGAUUCCGCGGGUGGUAGCCUAAGUGAAUCGGUGGAUGAUGAUGUCGAAGGCGAGGAUGUUGAUGAUGAGGAUAUUGUUGGUAUUGAUGACGAUGAUAUUGAAGAUGACGAUGAAGACGACCACGAUGAUGAUGAUGACGAUGUGGAAGAUGUAAUCAGCAGCAGCGGUGAUGACUUGCCAAUCGAUGACCCCAAUUCAAUUGAGGCUGCAGCGGGCAAUAAUUCAGUUUCAUCGCGUAAUUCUUCUAGUGGCGGUGGCGGUAGUGGACGCAGUCGAAGCGACAACACAACACACUCAUAUUCCAGUUUGCUCCUAGAAGAGGAGGACGAUAUAGCGCCUGUUAAUUUGAAAUUUACCAAAGAACUGUCAUCGCCCGACUUGGAUGUCAGCAAUGGCAACAAAUUGCCGUCAACAUCAUGCAGCGACUCGGAGUCACCAACAGAACCGCUAACGCAACGACUCGCCGCCAUUUUGCGCUCAAAGUGUGGCGUGUCCAGCGCUGGUGACAACUAUUGAAGGCAGUGAAAGUGAAACACAAAGAAAACGCAUAACCAAACCGCAUAGUUAUCAGGAAAUACAAAACUUUAGCUACAAAUGCAUACAAAUGUAUCUAGUAUAGUUGAAUAUAUAUGUAUAUGUAUGUACUAUGUAUAUUUUCAUGUAAUCACUUGUAUGUAUUUAAGCGUUAUAUACUCGUAGUUUAGUAUAUGUACAUAUAUAACCAUGUAUAUAUGUACUCGUAUAACCACGUACCACUUUCUAUGAACAAAUGUAUGUAUUUCAAUAACAGAACAACUAAAAAGUUGAUUUUUUCGACUAUAAGCCAAUAUUUAUCAAUUAUCACAACUGGCGUGUCCCAUAAAAACUUGCCAACCACUCUCAAAUUCACACAGAGAUUGAGCUUUGCGAAACUUUUGAAGAGAAAAUGCUCAAGAGAGUGUAAAGUGAUACGAUGAUCUACACACUCUCUAUAUACGGAUACUUUUCUUAUAUAAAUAUAUAUAAACAACAUUUGAUAAACUUUAUAUAAAUAUACUUACUUACUAAUACUAUUAUUAGAAGCUGCUAUGAGGUUUUGAAACCAUCUGAGGUCUGAAAAUAUAAGUUGAUCAAUUGGUCCAGCCAAAAAUUUGAAUUUUUGUAUCAAAAUUAUUAAGUUCGAGUAUACGGAAGAAGUUUCAAAAUCUCUAGGUCAAUACUCUUUAUCAAUGACUUAUAAAUUUACAUACUAAUGUAAUAGUCUACGUAAUAAUCUAGUAUUUGAGUAAUAGUCUAGUAACUAGUAAAAAAAAAUCUAGCUCAGAACACGAACAAAGUGGACUUGUAGACGAUUUUAUUUUAAUGGUUUAGAUAAAUAUAGGUUCUUUACUAGUGAAUUUGAUUAAUUAAUGCAUUAAAUAUUAAUUUAGUCUAUAUACAUGGGCUUUUUUUUAAACGAAUAUGUGGGCUUUUGUUAUUUAGGUAGUCCUACUUAUUGGAUUUAAAAGAAAAAUAGAGAGAGAUAUCUAUGUAGGCGAUGAAUAUGCCAUAUCUCACUCCUUUAUUAUAAAUA